AAGCUGUUCUGCAAAACCUCUCCGCAGACCUCCCUCCAUCUCUCGCCUAUUCCUUCUCCUUGGAGUAUACACUGCAGCCAUGGAGAUUGAGAAAACAACCUCCGACGCGACGAUGGAUGUGGUCCCGGCGAGUAACGCAGUCAGUUUUCCGGGGAAGCCAAAUUUCAAGCCGCUUAAAGCUCAUGAAAUCUCCGACGGCCAAGUGCAGUUCCGGAAAGUCCCGGUGCCACCGCAUAGGUACACGCCUCUGAAGAAAGCCUGGAUGGAAAUCUAUACCCCAAUCUACGAGCAGAUGAAAAUCGACAUCCGAAUGAACCUCAAGGCUCGUCGGGUCGAGCUCAAGACCCGACCCGACACCCCGGAUAUCAGUAACCUCCAGAAGUGCGCCGACUUCGUGCACGCCUUCAUGCUCGGCUUCGACGUCUGCGACGGCGUUGCUCUCCUCCGCCUGGACGAGCUCUACGUCGAGUCCUUUGAAAUAAAGGACGUGAAGACCCUCCGCGGGGAGCAUUUGUCCCGCGCAAUUGGAAGGUUAUCUGGGAAAGGAGGUAAAACGAAGUUUGCUAUUGAAAACUCGACCAAGACGCGUAUCGUGAUUGCUGAUACUAAGAUUCAUAUACUCGGUUCGUUUGCGAAUAUUAAGGUUGCUAGGGAUUCGCUUUGUAGUCUGAUUUUGGGGUCCCCUGCAGGAAAGGUGUAUUCAAAGCUUAGAGCAGUCACCGCCCGAUUGGCUGAGAGGUUUUGAUUGAAAUUUUAGGUUUUUGAUAUACAAUCUUUGGAUUGGUUCCCGAUAUGAUUUGUGCUAAUUGCAUUGAUUAUAAAGUGUAACUUUGAGAUGAAAAUUUUGAAGUGAGUGCCUCACAGUCUGUUUUGUGCUAUAUAGCAGAAUCAUUUUUGUGUUACUUCCUGUUUAUAGAAAUCUUAAUUAUGAGUCUAGACUCCUCUCUCUAUGUACCUGUUUGUUUCAGUCUUGGAAUUGAAUUUUAAUGCCUUGUGCUUUCUUGUUU